AAUUAAUAUAUAAGCAUGAACCCAUGUCUCCACAUAUCGUUUUGCCUUUCACAAAUUAAACCAUGUCUCGUUUUGGCUCAAACUUGUUCCUCAUCACCACAUGCACAAUCCUUCUCCUAUCUGCUUUGCACUCAAUUGAUCACAGCAAAAUUCUCACUCUUUUACCCUUUACUUACACCAACAAGGAUUCAUAUUCUAUUUAUGAUGACAAGAAAGUUAUUCCAAUUGUGAGCGCAGUUGGGCCGGAGAGCCUUGCCUUUGACCUGCACGGCGGAGGCCCGUACACCGGUGUAUCGGACGGCCGGAUAAUCAAGUGGCUGGAAAAUGAACGGCGGUGGAUUGAUUUCGCCGUCACCUCUACCCAGAGAGAUGAGUGUGAAGGUUCACAAGUCGACCAUGAAGAAAGGGAGCACAUUUGUGGGCGCCCAUUGGGCCUACGUUUCGACGAAAGAACGGGCAAUCUCUACAUAGCGGACGCGUAUAUGGGCCUCCUCGUCGUGGGCACUGAGGGUGGACUGGCCACCAAAGUUGCAACACAGGCCCAAGGCAUUCCUUUUGGCUUCACAAACAGUUUAGAUAUCGACCAGAGAACUGGAGUAGUGUAUUUUUCUGACAGCAGCUCGCGUUUCCAGAGAAGGAACCACAUCUCUGUGAUUGUUAGCGGAGACAGAACAGGGAGGCUAAUGAAAUACAACCCUCAAAGCAAGGAAACAACAGUUCUUCUUCAAAAUCUCACAUUCCCAAAUGGAGUAUCGCUAAGCAAAGAUGGAGACUUCAUUCUUGUUGCAGAUACCCCCAACUGCAGAAUUCUCAAGCUUUGGCUUGAACCAUCGUCAAAAUCAGGGAUGGUUGAGGUUUUCAAUCGGCUCCCUGGAUUCCCGGAUAACAUCAAAAGGAACCACAGAGGGGAGUUUUGGGUGGGAAUUCAUGCAAAAAGAGGGAAGUUUUUGAAAUGGGUAUUAUCUUUUCCUUUGGUAGGACAGGCUUUGAUUAAACUUCCAUUUGACAUAACAAAAGUGUUUGCAAGGUGGGGAGGGAAUGGGUUGGCAGUGAGGUUAAGUGGUGAUGGUGAUGUAUUGGAAGCGUUAGAAGAUGAAAGUAGAAACGGUUGGAAGGCUGUGAGUGAAGUGGAGGAGAGAGAUGGAAAUCUCUGGAUUGGAUCCAUAAGGAUGCCUUUUGUGGGCGUACAAAGAAAUUCUAGGUAGAGGUCAGGAUCAAUGCUAAGGAUACAAAUGUAACAGAUUGAUCAAUAUGAAAAUGUGUUCGGAAUCGUUUGAUCGAUGCAUGUGAAUUUUGUACAAUGCAUGUGGAAUCACUCGCAUCAAACACAUUUGAUAUUCAUAUAAACUAACUUUCGGUCUAUAGUUUAGGAAACUUCAACGCAAUAAAAUUGUUGUUGAAUAGCCUCCACCAAAGCUGAAAU